UGAGUGCAGCGAGGCAUUAUAAAAUAGAAUCCUAAACGUUGUGAGGGAUUAAAGAGUUAACGCCCAAGUUGGAAAUAAUGUUGCUAUCAUGUGACAGGUUUCAAAAUAUUAUUUAGAAAAAACAGUGUUUUAGAACAGAAUAGUGCUACUUUGAUCCCUCCUAGCAUGAAAGAAAAAUGCCACUUUGAUCCUUCCUAGCAAGGAAGAAAAAGUCCUUUUUUGAACAGGUGAUGUGAAAACGCUCUUUCUCAUUUAUUUAUAAUCUUCUUGAGAUUCCUAGAUAUGCGUCAAUAUUUUUGUUACAAAAUCCCCCGACAUAAUCCCCCACAAAUAUGAUAUCAUCAUGAGACUUCAAAAAAUGCACUAAAAGUAUAACCACCGUGUGAAUUUCCUGAUAUAAUUGUGACUAGUCCAAUAUUUACAUUACUGAUUUGCUUCUAUACGAGUAGUCGCCGAUCGUACUAUUCUCAGAAACUGUUUUCAUUGGUUACAUAUUCUAGUAUAUAAUAGGAGACUGAUAGCUUGAUGCUUCAGAACAGUACUACAUCUGAACAUGGCAAAGUCCAGUGUUGUGUUUUUAGCUCUCUCCGCUUUGGCGGUACAAAGCGCUGUACUGAACACCGAAGACUCGCUACUCAAAAGGGUAGCGCGUUCUCCAUGUGACGAAUGCGACAGACAUCACGGCCCUCCGCCCCCACCACCCCCGCCGUUCGGGCCUCCGCCACCACCACCAAGGUUCCACACGCAUAACUGGAGCGGCUAUGCCCGUGGAACUGAUGGUGAACAAGGAGUUUUUAGCGGAGCGGCCGCUUCAGCUGAUCUUGGUUCCGAUGCUGGCAGUCAGGCUGUUUCGAUUGCAUCAGCAAACUCAGCAGCAAAUGCAGGAGCAAAUGCAGGAGCAAAUGCAGCAGCUAAUGCAGGAGCAACAGCAGGAUCUGGAGGUGGCUACGGGUCCGGAGCAGGAGUUAAAGGUGGUUAUGGGGGAUCCGCUGGCAAUGGCCAAGCUCAAACAAACGGCUUCAAUGGAGGAAAUAAUUUCCAAUCUGGUCAUUACAAAGAAUCUCAUUACUCUUACCAAGGUGGGAGCAAAUUCGGUGGCCAAGCAGAAUCCAACUUCGCUGGACAGAGGGGAGAUAUUGGCGGACAUGGGUCGCAAUCUAACGGACAAAGUGGAUCUUACGCUAGUUCAGGCACAUCAAGCCAGGGUUCAGGGUUCUCUGGUAACGAGCAGCAACAACCAAGCAGCGGUUUCCAGGGAAACGGAGACAGCCAAUCACAGAGCAACUCAUUUUCAAGCCAAGGACAAGGAUUCUCAAGCAACGAUCAACACCAGCAUGCUAAUCUAGACCAAGGUUUCUCUGGGAAUGGUCAUCAGCAACAACAAGGACAGUACACAGGCAGCGGACAGCGCCAAUCGUCAAACUACGUCUCUGGAUCUAGCUCUAACGCCCAGAGUGGUGCAUUCUCUGGUCAGGGUGGUGCUAAGCAUGACGUCGAGUAUACAGGAAAUCAGCAACAAGUGCAAUCUGGCUGGCAAAAGGGAGGAUACGGUUCAGGGAGUGCCUCAGGGCAAGCUAGUGGGUCCCAUGGUGUUUCUGGGUCGAACGGUUUGGGCGAGAGUCAAUCGGCCUUAAACGGGGCAUUGAACCUGGCUUCCCAGGGUCUUCAGACAGCUGAGGGAUGCAGUACUUGUGGAAAGAGCAGCUAUGCCCUGAGCAAUGCCAAGAGUCACAGCGGUAACGCCAUCGCACUGUCUAUUGGUGGUUAAAUUACUUUAAGAAUCUGUACCUGACAAUUUCCCAUGAUUUUAUAACGUAAAAUAUGAGUUUCCGUGUUAUUAAAUUAAUAAAUGAUUGAACACUGUUUA